GUCGGAAGUGUGAUGAAGCUGCGGAAAACGACGAAGGCUAACGUGAAAGCCACAAACUGACUCAGCCAUUCACACACACACCCUCUCGUUCUCUCAUCACAGUUCCCAUUACAUUUCGAAAAUGCAAACCCUAACGCUCCUCGUCUCCUCCGUCGUGGUUCUAAUCAUGAGAGCCGCCGCGUUGGGAGGAAACACCAACAAUGUUUACUCGCCUUGCUCCGACACCAGAAUCCAGAGAUCCGACGGAUUCACAUUCGGAAUCGCCUUCUCCUCGCGUCCUUCUUUCUUCCUGAACCAGACGGCUCUUCUCUCUCCAUGCGACCGUCGACUAACCCUGGCGGCCAUGAACUCUCAGCUCUCUGUUUUCCGUCCUAAGGUGGACGAGAUCUCUCUUCUCUCCAUCAACACCUCUUCGUUCUUCCCGGACAACUAUGGUGGAUAUAUGGUGGCUUUCGCUGGUCGGAAAUAUGCGGCUAGGUCUCCUCCGGCUUUUAUUGCUAACUCCACCUACACCGUUACCAGUUUUACUUUGGUGAUGGAGUUUCAGAAAGGUAGGCUUCAAAACCUCUUCUGGAAGAGAGACGGGUGUGCGUCCUGCAAGGGGAACUCAAACUUUGUGUGCCUCAACAAGCAAGAUUGUGCUAUCAGAACACCCCGCUGCAAAGGCCGAGGAGGUACUGUGGACUGCAGUCUCGGUAUCCAGCUUGCUUUUUCCGGCACUGACAAGCACUUGGCCGUUCUUAACUCGUGGUAUGAAGUCGAGAACAUGAAGCAGUAUUCUCUUUACGGUCUUUAUUCCAACCUCAAGAGCUCGCUUACCAGUCAGUUCAACAAUUUCUUCUAAACCUUCUUCUUUUUAAAACCUAAUUUGCAGAAUUGGUUAUGGUAUGAACCGUUAUAUCCUUAUCUCAGUCAGUUCGAACUGAAUCCCACUUACAAAACCAUUUUUCUUGCAUAUCAAUCAGGUUCAUGAAAAUUUGUGUGUUUGUAAAAUAAUUUUCAAAAUCCAAAACCAAACUAUUAUUUCUUGAAAAGGAAAAGGUUUAACAGCAUUAAUAACAAAACCAAUGUCGGGUUCAGCUUUAAUAAUGACACCGGUGGUUUAUCAAAUCUAAACCGAUUGUGUUUUCUGCAAAUUGAAGCUCAACUCAGAUAUGGAAAAGCAAGAGAGAGAGAUGCAUUCAAAUUAAAUGUGUGUUUUUGGUCCUGUGGGAUUACAUGAUUCCUAUGACAACAUUUUUCUAUUCUCAACAUAUCUUAUAACAGCUUCUUCAAGGGGCCUCAUCUUGUGGCGUGUAUAUAUAUAUAUAUAUAUACUGAAUCAAGACACUGAAUGGGAGAAUAUGUGCUUCUCUUGAUUUUGGCUAUGAUGAUGAGGCAAGGUUGGUGACACCAAAGUAAAGAGUCUUCUGGUUGAA